AUUAGCCAAUCAAUUACGAGUGAGUAAAUAAGCUCUAAACGCGCACAACACAGCACCUUCAUCCUCUUCGCUCAUCAUCAGUAGUGACCGUCGUUAGGUCUCAGUCUCAGUUUUGGUUGUGAUAUGCUUGAAUACCAGCUACCCAUAGCUGGUGCUUUGGCAGUCACUGCUGUCGGGAGUUUGGUUUUGCUUCUCUGUCGUCCUAAAGACGAGGGCAAAAUUCAGCUGCCCACACAUGGCGAGGGCAACAAUUCACUUGUCCACGAUCCAUUCGACGUGACCAAGUCCGAAGAUGUCAUAGACGGAUACCCAAUUGACGAGGAAAUGUUUUGGAGUAAGGCUCGGCUAUGGAAGGUUGUAGCGUGCCUGCUGCUCGGUGCGAAUCUUGUGCUGCAGGCGUUGGCCUUAGGUUGGACCUUCGUCGUCGAUGAAGAAGGAUAUAACAAGUACGCGUAUGUUUUGCACACCAUAUACGCGUUCUAUGUUACCAUUCUCGCCGGGCGCGCUGUUUACCAGAACACCGUCGAUACUCAUGCCACAUAUAUCAUCCAUCUCGCCUCUCUCACCUUCGUGCCCACUAUCCUCCUCUUUGUAGUGGCUAUUUUUCCGUCUUCGCGCCCGUUCAGCGUGAACCUUGCACAAGACAUCCCAUUCAUUGUCUGGCUAUCUUAUGCCGCCCUGCUACUCUACUUCAUCGCCACCUAUAUUAUCUGCACGAUACCGAUGGGUCCAUCUUUACACUUCCCGCCGGAAGCCAUCUAUUCGGAGAAGACGGUUAGGAGUGCUACCAAUACUGACCGAAACAACGUCUGUGGUAUCGUCGGCGCUUCCGUUUGGAGCUAUCUCUUGUUCAACUACACUACCAAGGUCGUUAUGCUCGGGUACACUUCCGAGUCGCUUGAGAUAUGUGACCUGCCUAUCGUACCAGGUAACAUGCGCGCGACACAUCUCUAUACCUCCAUGAGAAAGGCGAUUCGCACAGUGAGGUGGCGCCUCAAUUGUUGGAAACCGAGGAUCGGGUCUGGGUGGCAGCUCGGAUACCAGCUAUUGAGGGUGAACAUCCUUCCACUCACAGGGCUUGUAACAUUGGCAAUGGUCUCGGCAUGUUUGUUCUACACCUCUCCUUUCUUCCUUAGGCAGCUUGUUUCUUAUCUGGAGUCCGACCCAGAGAGAAGGGACCGGAGUUUGGGAUGGUUUUAUGUCGCUUGUAUGUUCCUUGCGACUUCGUGUACAUAUCUGGUGACCGGUCAGCUGUGGUCCAUUGCAACAACUACUGUCCAAGUACGUUUACGCACCCAACUGAACACCGUCUUGUUCGGAAAGACAUUGGUGCGGAAGGACGUUGCGUCCUCAUUCUCCACUGCUGACAGAAGCACAAACGGAGAAAUGGCCAAAGACAGUGAAGAUGAUUUCUCAAGUAAGGCGCAGAUCAUGACCCUUAUGACAACGGAUGUCGACCGUGUCAGCGAUUUCUCGUGGCACAUGUUCUCUCUUGUUGAUUCGCCGAUCGAGAUCGUCAUUGGGACCAUCUUCCUAUACAGCCUCCUCGGCGUGUCUUGUUUCGUUGGGCUUGCCGUUACAUGCCUAUUCUUGCCUUUGAAUCAUUACGGGGGAAAGGUUGUAGUGAGAGCCCAAGAGAGCUUGAUGAAAACGCGUGACGAGCGUGUUGCGUUGAUGAACGAGAUUCUUGGCGCUAUUCGUAUGCUUAAGUUUAUGGCCUGGGAGAGAAGCUUCGAGAGAAAGGUCCUCUCUGUCAGGGAAAAGGAACUCAAGUAUCAGAAAUUAAGCUAUAUGAUCGAGGUGCUCUUUAACGCGCUCUGGGAUGGUUCACCUAUUUUUGUCACCAUUGUCGCAUUCUGGCAUUUCGCCGUUGUCCGUGGUCAAACCCUGACUCCAUCGAUCGCCUUCACGUCUAUCCUUGUCUUCAAUGAAAUGAAGUUUGCUUUGAAUGCCCUUCCAGAAACAUUCAUUAAUAUGCUCCAGAGUUUCGUCUCUCUUCGUCGUAUCGAAAAGUACAUGAACGGUGCUGAAGUCACGCCUGUCCCACUGCUUUCGGUGCAAACGCGGGCCAUUGCUUUUCAAAAUGCAACAAUCACAUGGCCGCAGGAUCGUGUUCAGUCUGGAAGCGCGACACCGUCCGCAGCAUCUACGCCCAGACACAAGUUCAUGCUUCUCGAUCUUGCCUUGUCCUUCCCCGAGGCUAAGCUGUCGCUUGUGUGCGGGAAGCUAGGAAGUGGAAAGACGCUAUUGCUGCUUGCGCUGCUGGGUGAGGCGGAUGUAUUGGCGGGUCAGGUUGUGUGCCCUAGGUCACCCCCGGACGCCCUUGCGCAAUUUGCUGAGCAGGUUGCUACACCUGAGGAAUGGAUCGUUGAAGGUGUUUGUGCCUAUGUUCCACAAUCUGCAUGGCUUCGGAACGCAUCUAUUAAGGAUAAUAUCCUGUUCAAUUUACCUUACGACGAGGAACGGUAUCAAAAGACACUGGAAGCUUGUGCGCUUGUGAGCGAUCUCCUUAUUCUCGAGGACGGCGAUGCCUCCGAGAUCGGAGAGAGGGGCGUCAAUCUGUCUGGCGGUCAAAAAGCCCGGGUAUCCCUUGCUCGUGCCGUUUACUCCAGAGCAUCUAUUCUGUUCUUAGAUGACGUUCUUUCCGCCGUCGACGCACAUACAGCACACCAUCUCUACCACCAAUGUCUAAUGGGCGACCUCAUGCGUGGGCGCACGAUCAUCCUUGUCUCGCACCAUGUUCAGCUGUGCAUGUCCGGUGCGAGCUAUGUUGUUGCGCUCGACAACGGACAUGUGGUCUUCCAGGGUGACAGGGAUACUUUCCAGGCCUCUGAUGUCGUCGGUACUCUUGUACACUCUGGGAAUGAUGACGCCGAAGAGAAAGACAAGGGCGCAAUUCAAGCAACGGAAGCGGUGAUGACCGAUAUCCGCUCGCAUGCAACUCCUGUCCUUAUCGGCGAGGAAGUGGGCAAUACUGACUUGGGUGAAGCAGCAGUUGCGGUCACUCCUACUGUCGAGACGGAGCCCAGUUCAGAGACGAGCUCGACGGCGUUUACAUCUGAGGAAGCGAGCAAAGCUGACAAGGCGAAGGACCGCAAAGCGCCUCGGAAACUUGUCGAGGAGGAAAGACGCGCGGUAGGACAUAUCAAACGCGAUAUUUGGGAGACGUACAUUAAAGCUCUCGGUGGAUGGAAAUAUUGGUCUGUUUUUGUGGUCGCGUUGGUCCUCGGCGCCUUGAGUCCAAUCUUGGAAAACUGGUGGUUGAAGACAUGGUCUGGAGCUGAUCCCGUCGAAGCCGAACAAAACGGACCUGUGUUUUAUAUUACCAUUUACGCUACAGUGACUCUUGUUGGCCUCUUUCUCAAUGUCUUCCGUUUUUACGUUCUUUACACGGGGUCCAUCAACGCGUCGACAGUUCUUUAUAAGAGAUUGUUGGAGGCGAUCUUGUUUGCUAACAUCCGCUUCCACGAUACGGUAUCUCGCGGGCGUCUCCUUAAUCGCUUCGGCAAAGACUUCGAGGGAAUUGACAGCAAGACGGCGGACAACUUUGGGCGCAGUGUCUUCUAUGGGUUUGCUGCACUAACUACUGUCGUGACAGUCAGUGUAGUAGGCGGGAUUCCCUUCAUCUGCGCAGGAGUUUUCUUGGGGUACAUGUAUUAUAGCGUGGCCAAGGUAUAUGGUCAGACUGCCCGGGAUAUGCGUCGCCUUGAUUCCGUCACACGUUCCCCCUUGUAUUCAAUUUAUGGUGAGACAAUCGCAGGGGUCACCAUCCUGCGUGCAUUCGGAGCAUCUUCCAUGUUUCUGAGGGAUAUGAUUCGUUGUGUCGACACGAAUGCCAAUCCAUACUAUUGGAUGUGGGGCGUCAACCGUUGGUUGUCGACACGAUUCAAUCUGUUGUCCUGCGCUCUCAUUGGUCUGACUGGUUUUGUCGCUGUACUGUCUCCCAGCAUCUCUGCGGCAUUGGCAGGUUUUGCGCUUACAUUUGCUUCGAAUGUUACGCACAACCUACUGUUCUUGGUUCGCCGUUUCGUCGGUCUCGAGCAAUCGAUGGUUGCCCUUGAGCGCGUCAAGGAAUAUUCUGAGCUCAAGCGUGAACCUGCGGAAUUCAUUGAACCCAGGCCCAACUCAAACUGGCCAGAGAAGGGGCACAUUAAGUGCGAGGACCUCGUUAUCCGAUACGCGCCUGACCUCCCCGAUGUGCUCCAUCACAUUGACUUUGAGAUCAUGCCAGGGGAGAAGGUUGGUAUUCUAGGUAGAACUGGUUCCGGAAAGAGUACUCUCGCUCUGUCGUUCUUCCGCUUUGUCGAGGCGACUGAAGGAAGAAUUGUGAUUGACGACAUCGACAUCUCCAAGAUUGGCUUGACCGACUUGCGUGGCAAGCUUACUAUCAUUCCUCAGGACCCUACCAUCCUCAGUGGAACACUACGGUCUACUCUCGACGUCUUUAAUGAAUACACGGAUGCAGAGAUUUUUGAAGCUCUCCGUCGUGUCCAUUUGAUUCCGUCAGAGGACAACCCAGAGGAAACCCCAGAUACUAUCAAUGCCAACAUUUUCCGCAAUCUAGAUUCCGCUGUUUCUGAAGGCGGUGAGAAUUUCUCAACGGGUGAAAAGCAACUCUUGUGCAUGGCAAGAGCUAUCCUUAAAAGAUCUAGGGUCCUCGUGAUGGACGAGGCUACUGCGAGCGUGGACUACGCAACCGACGAACUGAUCAGUAAAACUAUUCGGCAAGAGUUUGCCACAAGCACGAUCCUCACAAUCGCACAUAGGCUGCGUACUGUGAUUGAUUAUGACAGAGUCAUGAUUCUCGAUACCGGUCGCGUUGUCGAGUUUAACCGUCCUGCCACACUAUUGGCAGAUCCUAACUCCAACUUCUAUCGCCUGUGUAAGGCGACUGGGAAGAAAGAAUUCUCAGUAUUGAAGAAGAUGGCAGGCGCGGCAUAGACCGGUUUCUUUGUUUAUUUUUCACACCGAUGUAGAUAUAGGAACGUGGGAUACGAUGCCUAUCUCGAAGUGUCGAGAUAGCCACAAUCUGUGAGGCAGGUCAGAGAAAG